AUGGCCACCGCUGGAAACAAGAACAUCAACGCCAAAUCGGUCAGUAUUGAUCCGUUUAUCAUUAGCUAUAGCUUCUAUCUGGGCUCUUUUGUUAAUCCUCAGAUUGUGAAUUCUACUGAUUUUUACUGGAGAAUUGUGAUUGGAUUGUUGAUCUCAGAUGUGAGUCUAUUUGGGGAAUUUAUAUUCUUUCAGUUUCUUAGGAAUUUAAUAUCUAAGAUCAUCACUUUAACUAAUCUCUCUGUUUCUUUGUUAGUUUGUGUAGCAGCAGAAGACAAUUUCUGUUUCAUUCCUUUAUUUUAA